GUAAUAUCACCGGCGCUGUCUGCACAGACGGCAGAAACAGUAUGAACAGAGCAGGCGCACGCUUAGUAAGAAUUGCCGCUAUUCUUAAAAACAAAAACGUUAAGCCAUUACCCCAGAAGGUGCUGUGUAGAAAUUGUCACUCCCGAGAACUGUUAAUAUCCCAGUCCGACAUGAGAGUGAAACUAAUCCCAGCGCUUGAGGAUAACUAUAUGUACCUCCUGAUUGAUGAAGACACCAAACAGUGUGCUGCAGUCGAUCCAGUUGAACCAGAGAAGAUAGUCUCGGCUGUGAAGGAAGAGGGUGUGUUACUGAAUGCUGUGCUGACAACACAUCACCACUGGGAUCAUGCUGGUGGGAAUGAGAAACUCACCGCUCUUGUUGGAAAAACAAUCUAUGGUGGAGAUGACAGAAUCGGAGGACUCACCAACAAGGUCGAACAGGGUGAUGAGUUCAAGAUCGGCAGUUUGAAAGUGAGGUGCCUGUUUACGCCAUGCCACACGUCUGGCCACAUCUGCUAUCUUGUGACUGGGAAGGAGGGAGAAGCCCCUGCAGUUUUCACAGGGGACACACUGUUCCAAGGUGGCUGUGGGAAAUUCUUUGAAGGGACAGCAGAGCAGAUGCACAAGGCCUUGAUAAAGACCUUGUCUGUACUGCCACAGGAAACAAAGGUGUACUGUGGCCAUGAGUACACAGUGUCGAAUCUGAAGUAUGCCGCCCAUGUGGAACCAGCAAGUGAGGCAGUGGCAAGCAGGCUGGCCUGGGCUCAGAAUCAGAGAGCCAAGCGUGAAGCAACAGUGCCAUCCACAAUUGGAGAAGAGAUGCUUAUAAAUCCUUUCAUGAGAGUCAGUGAGGCCAGUGUGCAGACCCACUGUAAGGAGACUGACUCUGUCAAGGUGAUGGCCUUCCUCAGGAAUGAGAAGAACCAGUUUCUGACCCCCAGUAUAAUGGCACCAUGGACUGAUCUCCACACACUGUGAUGGACAAUGCAACCCAUUACAGCAUCUAUGCUCCACUGUUCCUCAAGAUGCUAGAAUUUCAAUUCAGCUUCUAAUAUAACAAUGAAACAAAUAUAUUCAGCAAAUACCUUGGAAUCUUUUUACAUUGGGUGUUAAUUGUUAUCCUAAUGGCAGAUGACAGGUGGAGAAAGAGCUCUGAUUAAUUACUGUAAUCAUGUGGAUGGGAGUGGCAAUGCAAAUAUUUACAAUGUAUGUAUUCUAAAUCAUUUAUGUUAAAAAAUGUUACUAUUUCAGCUUUACAAGGCCAAGUUCACACAAAAAUAACCCUAUUUACUUCAUAACCCAUGGGUUUACCGGUAACUCUGGCUUGUUUGCCUCACAAAACAAAGGCCUCAUGAUGGCCUGGCAUUUCAACUUUCUGUUGAGCAUUCUAAAAUUGGAGAAAAAUGAGCAUAUCUUUUCACUCAUUACUUAAUUCCCAAAUUGCAUCUUGUUUCAUAUCAGAAAAUAUUCAUUUUUGAGCAUACACUUCCCCUAUAAAUCAUGUUUAGUUUCUGCUGUUAAAUGUAGCCGCUGUCAACAGUUUAGUCUGUCUCACAGUCCUGAACCACAUUAUUUCCCCUUCUACCUGGCCCUUUCUGCAAUGCUAAAAUAUUGCUGAUGUGACGUUAAAUUUUAACUCACUCACUCACUGCAAUGCUGAAGCCCUAAAUGAAGCAUUUCUAGAUUUCUUCUGAAUCUCUGGUCUCCCUGGGGCUCCUUUUCAAUUUAAAUGUGUUUGUUACUAUCAAAAUGAUAUAUAUUCAGAGAAUAAGUGCUAGUCCGUCAACAGCUGUGACGUGCAUGUGUCGAGAGAUGCAGACACCAGAUAAAUGCUUGAUUCAUGCACAGGUAAUGAGGAUGUGACUUUGUAUACAUAUAUAUCAUGGUUUUGAUGAUUUUAUUUUACUCAUAAAACACAAAGAGUCAUAUUAAAGACAUAAAAUAAACAA